GACGGUAAAAGAACAAAAUGCCUUUAUCCCGGUCGUCGUUUCUCGCUGUGCUUUUGUCCGGCAUGAUUGGAAACGUGCAGCUGAGGACUUGUGAAGAAUCUCUACUCAAACAAAACGGCAAAUUCUCCAAAGCCGACGUGAACGGUUUGAUAUCCGAAGACAACAUGCAGCAAAUAAAAAUGUGUCUGACCGUAUUAGGAAAAGACCGCUUGGAAAAAUCUACUGCCAACAUGUUGUGGAAAGACCUCGUUAAGGUACACAAAACCGUCGAGGACAUACCAGAAGAAGAACUUCAGCUUUUGGGGUGGAUAACGACCGGAAUACCGGAAAAUGAUUUCUUAAAUUUGUCAUUGACAGACAUUGAAACGAUUGCUGCGUUUGGCAAGUAUAGAAAUCUUUCCGAUAACCAGCUCAUUUACUUGAAACAAGCGGUCGAGUAUCAGUGGAGCUAUAAGGGACCGUCCGAUUUCAGUGGUUACGACUUGGCGGCCUUAGGUCAACUGUUGUGCGUUUAUAAUACCACACAAAUAGCCGAUAUCAAACCGCUGGCGUACAAAGCCGCCGCAGCAGCGGUGUCCAAUCUUAUGUACUGCCCGGAAGACAUAAUGAAAGAACUAGCGACCCUGGCUAGGAGCAAAGAUGCGUUUGGAGAUCCAUCGGAAUGGACAGCGGUUCAGGUGGCUCUGAUCGGAUGUGUCAUAGCCGGUCUGGACUCUGUCAGCAACAUCAACCCGGAAGCCUUCGAAGGACUGGCCGCUUCCAGCGUGCAAUGUUUGCCCGGUAAGACUCUACAGGCCAUGUCAAUCGAUCAACUGUCGCACUUGUCGCUAUCGUCGGUCCACGCUCUUUCGCCAAGUCAACGUUCAUCGUUAAGCGUCAGCCAACUGGAGGCCAUCCAAGGAACCGCGAAAAUGUUCGGAUCGGUUUUGAAAAGCUCCAAUCCUAGUAAUUCUGCUACACGGUGGCUAAUGCUGCUGUUGUCGACGACGGUCUACCCUUUGCGACGUUCAAACAUGUGUUGA